AUGGCUAAUGGGUGCAAAAAUUUGCCUGAAGAAUGUUGGGAACUAAUAUUCAAUCGUCUCCAUCACCAAUCUGACUUGGAAUCAUUUUCUUUGGUAUGCAAACAGUUUCUUUCUCUCACAAAUCGUCUACGUGUCCAUUUAUCUGUAAUUGACUCAACUUUGCUCAUCCAUGGUACCAUAUCUAAACUCAUUCACAGAUUUUUGAAUCUUAAUUCUAUUGAUCUUAGUAAUUUCAAAGGUGAUCUUGAUCCUGUUCUUAUUGAUCUUGCCAAUUCUGUGUCCUAUACAUCCAAUCUUGAACAACUUGAUAUCUCGGGUCACAAGAAAUUACCCGUUAAGGGGUUGAAGGAAUUGGGGUUAAAAUUAAAGGGUUUGAGGGUUUUGAAAUGUAGUAAUCUCAUUGUUUUACGUGACACUGAUUUGUAUGUUAUAGCUGAGUUGUUUCCGUUUUUGGAAGAGCUUGAUAUUAGCUAUCCAGGUAUGGAUUUGGAUUCCGGUUCGAGAUAUAGUGCCCACGAUGUUAGCAAUUGGACUGUGACUGAUUCUGGGGUUGAGGUUUUAUCGGUGAAUUUGAGUAGUUUGCGUAAAAUCAAUGUUUCUGGGAAUCAUUUGAUUAGUGAUAGGUCCCUUGUUGCACUUUCUAUGAAUUGCUUGAAUUUAGAAGGCGUUGAGGUGGAGGAUUGCGCUUUGGUUACGCUAAAAGGGAUCCUUUCGUUACUGCGUACUUGUGCUGCUUUGAGAUGGAUUUCAAUGUCCGAGAUUCAUGUUGCUCGAUCAAGUUCUGAUUUUGAAUGUUUGGCUACUUCUAGCCGAUCUUUACAGACACUUGAGGUUUCCAACUCUUUUAUUACGGAUGAAUUCCUCUUCUUGGUGGCUAAGGCUUCUCUCCCGUUAUAUAGGCUUUCACUUAGUUGGUGUACGUAUUUCACAUUAUCUGGUAUAUCUUCGUUGUGCUGUGCGUAUCGGACGCUUAAGUGCUUAUCUCUGAUUGAAGUAGAUUUUUUGACUGAUGAGUCUAUGAAUGAUUUAUCCCAAUAUCUACAAUGCCUUGAUACCAUUGAUCUCAGCCGUUGUGUGAGAUUGACCAUCUUGACGUUCUUCACACUUGCAAGAAAUUGCCCUUCACUAGAAGAAGUUAACAUGGAAAAUACUAGUAUUGGGAUGAAGAAGGAUUGUUUUCCUAAUGGUGUGAAGAACCCGAGAAUAAGGGCUGUUAAUUUGGCAGAUAACUUGUCCCUGGAUGACGACGCUCUCACAAAAGUUGCUUCAAUGUGCCCCAACAUGGAGAUUCUUGAUGUGUCAUCGUGUACUAGUCUUACUGAGGCUGGUAUUGCUUCUGCUCUUGCGAUGUGCAGUCAGAUAAGGAAGUUGCAAUUUGAUGACUGUCCAUUGACUAUACGUAUCGGAAAAGGUGCAGAAUUGCCUAAUCUUGAGGCUAUUAGUGCAGCUGGUUCAGCAUUAAAUGAUGAAGGCCUGGCCAUGAUUGGGAGCAGAUGUUCUCGCCUGGUGAAAUUAAACUUGGAGAACUGUAAAGAAGUGACAGCAGAAGGCAUACAGGCAAUGGUGAAACAGUGUAGAUCAUUGAGAGAGAUAAACUUGAAAAAGUGUCCUCAAGUUAGUAUCAAUUCUCUAAGUAGUUUGGUGUUUUCGUCUCCAUCACUAAGGAGAGUUAUUCCACCCUGUUGCUCUGCUUUUAGUGAUGGCUUGAGGGGAUUUUACUUGCACCACGGAUGUCGAGUGUCCUCAGGCUAG